AUUUGUCUUUUUUACGUGAAAGCUGCUCGUAAGCUAUGGUUUAAACAGGCUCCAGGCAAUCAUCUGAUGGAAGAACAACAGCGUCGACAGCUGGUUACAAAAAGGAAAGUGGUCCGCAUGCUCGUCAUCAUUGUUGUGGUGUUUGCUACUUGUUGGCUUCCCGCGCAGGUAUUACACCUUUUCUGGGUAGCAACAACGUUUCGUGAAAACCUGCCAGAAAUUGUCAUGUACCUGGUAUUUUGGGUGGCCCACGCAAACAGCGCCAUCAACCCUUGGCUGUAUAUUCCCUUAAGCACCAAUAUUAGAUUGGCCUUUAACCGGAUGGUA